CUUCCGGGUAUGGCGGAGAAGAAAAUAGUCGUUCGCUCGCAGGAUCCGAACCAGCGGCGCGUGCUGGACAGCGCCACGCGCCAGCGGCGUUUGACCCGCCAGCUCGAGGCGCUAGAGAAAGACAACUUUCAGGACGACCCUCACGCGAGCCUCCCGCAGCUUGUCAAGAGGCUGCCGCAGUUCGACGAGACCAACGAAUCCGGCAAGCGGAGGAAGAAGACAAGGGGUGAUCAUUUUAAACAGAGGUUCCGCAAAAACUUCCAGACUCUUUUAGAGGAGGAGGACUUGAGUGUUAGUGAGGGUCCAAACUAUCUGACUGCAUGUGCUGAGCCCUCCAAGCUUCCUCAGCGCCAUUUCUGUGCAGUGUGCGGCUUUCCUUCAAACUACACAUGUGUGUCGUGUGGAGCUCGCUACUGUUGUGUCCGCUGCUUAGUAACACACCAUGAGACCAGGUGUCUGAAGUGGACUGUAUGAUCUUUUCAUCUCUACUAAACUGCUAUCAAGAGGAAUGUUUGAGUUUUGGGUCAUAUUUCACUGAGCAUCUUACAGUCCCUCUUAAGAGUUAAGUUUUUCUUAAAAGCACCACAGCCAUUCACAUGCACAUUAAAUUGCAAUAAUUAAAAACAUCAACUUGACAUGUUGGUAUAAAUUACUAGCAGCCUUAGCCAUGGCUAACACCCUGCUUAAAAUGACACUCUGUCAUCUCUGCACUCCUGUGUACAACAAACAGGCUGCGUUCCAGAUCAAAUUCCAUAUAAUCUGAUAACUGACAGCUAAAGAAUUUGACAAAAACACAAGCAGUUGAGUUGAAUUUACAGUUGAAGUCAGAAGUUUACAUUCAUUCUUAGAAUAAAGUAGUGAUCCAAACUGACCUAUGACCAGGAUUGUUUUCUAUGAUUAAAUGCAACCUCACGUGGUAAGAAGAUGCAACACUUGCAUCUUGUUUAAAGAGUCUAAAUAAGAGAAUAAAAUGGCUUAUUCAUUGACCUUUUUAUUUAUCAUAACUAAAGGAAACUGCAGCAUGUACAGUGCUUUUUUUGUAUAAAGAUUUUUUUUACAGUUAUUUAAUUUUGUCAUGUAAAUCUGU